UUUAGAUAUCACAACAAUUUCAAACGUCAGAAUUACGUGAAACGAAACGUAGUCUCUGCAAUAAUGGCUUCGUUGGUGAAUGUUUUGCUGCGAAAAUCCGCCAAUUUAAACCCUUCUAAAGGGCUAUUAAAGAAUUUACCAGCCAUUUACAAUGUGAACCAAGAUCGUAAAGCCCACAGAUGGCAUCCAGAUCCACAAUUCAUCAAGCAGUUCGAGGGACCGGUGAUGUUCUACGAGGAACUUGGAAGGGAACUUGCACACCCACCGUACAGUGGUGUGGUGACACCAACCGAGAAGCAAGUCAAGAACAUGAUCAUCAACUUCGGCCCGCAGCAUCCCGCCGCUCACGGCGUGUUGCGUCUCGUCUUGGAGUUGGAUGGAGAGACAGUACGCGGCGCAGACCCACACAUAGGCCUUUUGCACCGUGGUACGGAGAAACUGAUAGAAUACAAGACAUACACACAAGCGUUACCAUACUUCGACAGGCUGGACUAUGUGUCGAUGAUGUGCAAUGAACAAUGCUACAGUUUGGCCGUGGAGAAGUUGUUGAAUAUCGAUAUACCGCUGCGUGCGAAGUAUAUUAGAACGCUAUUCGCUGAAAUAACGCGUAUUCUCAACCACAUAAUGGCGGUCGGUACUCACGCGUUGGACGUUGGCGCUCUUACUCCUUUCUUCUGGCUCUUCGAGGAGAGAGAGAAGAUGAUGGAGUUCUACGAGAGAGUGAGCGGUGCUAGGAUGCACUCGGCUUAUAUACGCCCGGGGGGUGUUUCUUUGGACAUGCCGCUCGGCCUCAUGGACGAUAUAUACGAGUUCGCGAGCAAGUUCGGCGAGCGGCUCGACGAAGUUGAAGACGUGCUGACCACAAAUAGGAUCUGGGUGCAACGGACCAAGGAUAUCGGCAUUGUGUCCGCACAGGAUGCUCUUAAUUACGGCUUCAGCGGUGUAAUGUUGCGAGGCUCCGGUAUAAAAUGGGACUUACGCAAGACGCAGCCCUAUGAUGCCUACCAUCUCGUUGAUUUCGACGUGCCCAUCGGUACUAAUGGCGAUUGUUAUGAUAGAUACCUAAUCCGCGUAGAAGAAAUGCGUCAAUCGCUCCGCAUCAUAGACCAAUGUCUCAACCAGAUGCCAGCUGGCGAGGUUAAGACUGACGAUGCUAAACUGACACCACCCUCUAGGGAGGAAAUGAAGACGUCGAUGGAAGCCCUGAUCCACCACUUCAAGCUGUUCACACAGGGCUACCAAGUACCGCCCGGCUCUAGUUACACAGCCGUUGAGGCCCCGAAGGGUGAAUUCGGUAUUUAUCUGGUGUCCGAUGGCAGUUCUAAGCCUUAUAGAUGCAAGAUUAAGGCGCCCGGCUUCGCUCAUCUCGCGGCUCUCGAGAAAAUCGGCAAAAAUCUCAUGUUGGCCGACAUUGUAGCCAUCAUCGGUACUCUGGAUGUAGUGUUCGGCGAAAUUGACCGAUAAAUAGCGUGUCGGUCAAAAUUCGGGUCAAAAGUGGGGGUGUAAGCAAAAGUGAUGAAAAUAUCUAGAAAAAUAAUAAAGAGUUUUCAAUUUUGAUGUUUCUAAGAAUUUCACUAGAUCUUUGUGAAUUGUAAUAUGUUUAUUAAAACAUGUAUUUCACUUAAAACUAUAUGAAAGUAUAAAUUUAUCCAAAAUGUUUAAAUUUUUUUUACAUUUUUGCUACUUGUAAAAAUACAUUUUUCAAAAAAUGUGUUUUAUAACACCAAUGACUCUUAUAGAAAAAUAAAUCGACUUAGAUUGUACAUUAUUAAGUUUAAGCAAUAAAUUAUUAAGCGAAGCAUUGUUUAA